UUGAUUGCUAGUGCGUCACUGGCACAUUUGCUAGGGGAGAAUUGUAUAACGGAAUGCCAUCAAUCAUGCAGGCUGUGCUUUAAAUAUCCGCUGAUUUCUUUGGAAGUUUGACAGAUGGUGGUUUACUAAUUCCAGAUAACACCGAAUAAACGGGUAGGCACUGCCUGAAGAUAUCCUGUAUUUAGUUCUGAUCGAUCUUUUGGACUAUGGAACUUGAUCGGCGACUGUUGGUGGCUCACUGCGCAACCCACACCCUGUCAGUCCUGGCCGGGUUGAUGGUGGUUGUCCCGCUUGCGCUCAACGGCUCAGUUUUCAAAGGGCGUUGUGCGCUUUUCACCACGGGUUCAUGGAGGACGGUGAAUUGAAUCGAAAUUACUGGGGAACCGGGUGAGAUUUCACACUUGGUGGUACAACAAUGGGGCCCACCGGCUGCUUGCCAGUAAGCUACCUUUGUCGUUUUCACGGUGAUGUACGGCGCAGUUCAGGGCUGGCGACAUGACGAAACCUUGUUCUCCGCCUUCCUGACCCUGAGCCUGUCUGGAGGGGUCAUUGUCACCCUCUCCCUUAGGCUGGCCUCCUGGUGCAACACUGUCACUGAUGACAACAUCAGACCCUACAGCUGUGCAGAAUCCCAGUCCGUCCCCAUGUACCUGGAUGUAGAGUUGUCGUCCUUCUACACUGAGCUCACCCUGGCAGAGGUCGCUCUGUGGAAUGUAACAGCACUGUGGUUGACUCACUCCAUCCUGUCCUUCAUGCAUCUCUACCACUCCCACAGCCACCACAUCAAUGGGCCCUGCCUGCCCAGGGAGAAGGAGCCCCUAACCCCCACACCCACCAUCAACCAGAGCUAUUAGCAUCUUUAUCUAACGCCGGCCUUAACCCCAAUGAAACCCCAUGCAGCUAUCCCAUCAACACCCAGUGGUUUUAUUUUACCCUAACCCUAAUCACCUUUCUUCUGCUAAACCUCAUCACCACCACCAUUCACCACAUAUGUAACACAUUCGCCUCUUAUGUAACAAGGUUCAACCUCCAACCUCACAUUAUGCCACUUGGUAAAUUGUUUUUUCAAUCAAAAGGGAUUAACUGAGUGUAACCAAAAAAGGAAGAAUAAAUUAAGCAGUGUUAUGGCAUUUUUUAAAUCAAAUGUUUAACUAGUACCAACUACCAUCUCAUCCUAGAGUUAUAUAUAUGGUUGAUGUUGAGAUGUGUCUGUUACUUGAACUCUGUGAAGCAUUGACUUGGGCUGCAAUUUUCCGCAUUGACUGACCCUCAUGUCUUAAAGUAA